GACAUUUGAAAGAUAUUUUUCAUGACAGACAUAUUGUCAAAUUUCAAACGUCACAAACUGUCAUCGAAUUCAUACGAGAAAGGCAGGUGUAAUGUUUUCGCUCGAUUAAUUGCAUUUUUCCACAAUGGAUCCCAAUAAUGCCGAUGCAGAUAGCGGAGAUAAAUGUAACAUUAACGGUGACUGUUCCCCCUUCUUGGAGAAAUUGCCAAGCGAGAUAAACCAUACCCGAAAUAUUGAUGACAUAGCUACGCCUUCCGAGUUAAACUUCGAUCAAGAUUUUGAAUUCGAGGACCCGUUCAUAACAGAGAAGAGGAAAGAAAUAGAGAAAUGUCUCGAUAAUCCGGAUGUUGUUAAUGUGGAUCAGUGGCAAUGUUUUGCUAGAAGUAAAGGAGGCUUGAUAUGUGAUGAAUACAGAAGAAAGAUAUGGCCACUACUGGUUGGCGUGACUCAGGAUGAAAUGACAGAACCACCGUCAUUGGACGAGCUCUCUACACAUCCUGAAUAUAAUCAGGUAGUACUAGAUGUGAAUAGGUCACUGAAAAGGUUUCCGCCGGGCAUUCCCUAUGAGCAGAGAGUGGCGCUGCAGGACCAGCUCACUGUGCUCAUACUGCGAGUGAUCAUCAAAUACCCACAUUUGAAGUAUUAUCAGGGUUACCACGACGUAGCAAUCACGUUGCUACUCGUCUGUGGGGACAAAGCGUCGUUCCCGUUACUAUGUCGUCUGUCGUACGGCCCUAAGGCCCCGCUGGCCCCGUUCAUGCAAGCUACCAUGCAACCAACACAGCAUUUACUGAACUACAUGCUGCCUGUUGUGAGGAGAGCAGACGAUCGGUUGGCUGAGUGUUUGGAGAAAUCGGGCGUGGGCACGAUGUUCGCGCUGCCCUGGUACCUGACGUGGUUCGGGCACAGCCUGAACCGGUACAGCGACGUGGUGCGGCUGUACGACUACUUCCUGUGCGCCGCGCCGCUGUUCCCCGUGUACGUGACCGCCGCGCUCGUGCUGCACCGCGCGCCGCACGUGCUCGCCUGCGACGCCGACAUGGCCAUGAUGCACUGCCUGCUCUCCCGGCUACCCGAUGACUUGCCGUUCGAAGACAUCCUGGUGGUCGCCAAGAAGCUGUACGACGAGAACGAUCCGACCGACCUCGAGGGGGAAGUCGCUGCGCUCGAGAGGCGAGAAGAGGAGCAGCGCAAGUUGGACGAGGAGCGCAUGCGCCGGCGGCGUGCUGCCCGCGUCCCCGCGCGCCCCUCCCCCCUCGCCCGCUACAUCCCCGCAGCCCUCCGCCGAGCGGCCCCCAGACGCACCCUGCUCGCUCUAACCGCCGCUCUAUUAGCCGUGUACGUGUAUUACCGGCCGGAGUUGUGGAGGUAGCGCCACGCCUAUCAGUUUGUCCUGUUCACUAUGUAAACACUAAACGUACAGCGCGUCCCGUCUGGUUGGUUACCAUGGUAACGCGGUUGCUAUGGCAACGUAGGUUAUUGAACUCCCGCUACAUCCCCGCAGCCCUCCGCCGAGCCGCCCCCAGACGCACCCUACUCGCUCUAACAGCUGCUCUACUCGCCGUGUACGUGUAUUACCGGCCGGAGUUGUGGAGGUAGAGCCACGCCUAUCAGUUUGUUCUGUUCGCGGUGUAAGCGUACAGCGCGUCCCGUCUGGUUGCCAUGGUGACCGGUAUAAACAAAUGGAACGUCUCGUGUCUGGUUGCCAUGGUAACCGGUAUAAACAAAUGGAACGUCUCGCGUCUGGUUGCUAUGGUAACGCAAUUGUUCGAACUACCUACGGCGCUCUCGCGCCCUGAUACGAAUACAGUUUUGAGCACGUGUCCUGACUGUGCGGUUGCUAUGGUAACGCAUUUGCUCGAACUCCCCCCUCCACGCUCUCCAUCUACAAUGAAAAGCUCAGUUUAUUUUGUUGCUAUGGUAACGCUGUUGAUAUAUUUACGUGGUGUGAACUCUAAUGAUGAACUUGAACGUUUUCUUUUUCUAAAUGAAUUGUUGUAAUGAUUUCUACUGAUUUAUAGACUAACCGUACCUAUUAUCUUAAUAUCAUAUUUAUUGAUUUUGAUCUAUUAUCCCUUCCCAAAAUUCUUGCUUCGUCUAAACCUGUGUUACAACUAUUCACUUAAUUUAGUUUCUUUAUACCGUAAUCUAAAAAAAAUUUCAACGAUAAAACCUCCUUAAUAGAAUGCUAUUACCUUUUACCUUUUUCUAC